GUUGCGCUUCGUGUAUAAAGGCCGGGCUUGUCCUCGUCUUAGAUGGCAUCUGCUCAGAACAACCAGCUUCACUCUUCUGCCUUCAUCUCAGCAUCAAUAGACUUGCUCAUCCUCGCGAUCAAUAUUACUAUUCACACUCACCUCGACUUUCGUUGAUAUCAAUUCACUCUACACCAGUCAAGAUGCAAUUGUCCAGCCUCUUCAAGCUCGCCCUCUUCACUGCUGCCGUUUCUGCGGAUACCGUCUCGUAUGAUACCGGCUACGACGACGGCUCCCGCUCUCUCAACGUCGUCUCCUGCUCCGACGGCCCCAACGGCCUCGAGACCAGAUACCACUGGUCGACCCAGGGCCAGAUCCCUCGCUUCCCAUACAUCGGAGGUGUCCAGGCCGUCGCCGGCUGGAACUCUGCUAGCUGCGGAACCUGCUGGAAGCUGUCGUACAGCGGCCACACCAUCUACGUCCUGGCCGUUGACCACGCCGCUGCUGGCUUCAACAUUGCGCUCGACGCCAUGAAUGCUCUGACCGGUGGCCAGGCCGUUGCAUUGGGCCGUGUUACUGCUACUGCUAGCCAGGUCGCUGUCAAGAACUGCGGUCUUUAAAUCUGCCUCUCUUUUUUUUUUUUUUUUCGACGAAGAAAAAUCGGGUUAAACCUUUUUUUGGUUAUUGCAUUGCAUUGUGGUAUAUGGCGGGA